UUAUUUUUGUGUCUCUUUAAUCUAAUCUGUGAUCUUUAUUUUCAUUUUUCAAAUGAUCAUGUCUUUUAGUUCAAAGAUAUUUAAUAAAUUUUUUUGCAUUUGUUGAAACUUUGCCAAUUUAUUGAAUGGGAUGAAUACUUUCUAAUACCAUGCUUGCGUCAAGUAAUUUAAUAUACAGAAAAUAGUUAUUCGAAAAUAUUAGACGCAGCAGAUUACAAUUCUUGUAUAAAAUUCUGAGAAAGUGACAAACUACUAAUAUUCGUGAGAACUCAUUUAGUAAUGGAUAUUUGUUUCAUCGAUUUAACAGUAGAAUUCCUGGCUGUAGCUUUCCACAGUAUCUUGUAUUACGCAAAUGUAUACCCGAAGAGUAUAUUCGAAACUAGAAGGAAAUACAGUAUAGUAGUGUACCAUUCCAUUCAUCCUGAAGUCAAUCAAUACAUAGAUAUGUGUUUGCGAAGUAUCUCUGAAUGUUUUAAAACUGGACACCUAAGCCGUGUAGUAUUUGCCAUUACUGAUGAUGGUCAUCAUCCUUUACUUAAAUUCGUGUUUGAUUUUCAUAAAAAUGUAUGUUUUGAUGAUGCAAAAGAUGCAUAUUUAGUUCAAACUGAGCAGAACCUCCGUGCAUUUUUACUUAAGCUGUCGUCGAUAAGUGAGAAGUUUAAUAAAUUGCCAGAAGACAUCAGUUUCACAGUAUAUCUUCACACCAAUGAGUCUACAGCUGUUGCAAUAACAACAAAUCCAAGUUUGGAGGAUUUCCCUUUGAUUGAGAAUGAAGAGAAUACUGCAGAAUCAUCAGAGAUUCUCCCUCUAAGAAGUUUUCCUGUAAGAAGUUAUAAUAUGGAUGUUUAUAUGGAAAUGAUGACUUUAUAGUAAAUCAGCAAUUUUCCAUAGUUUUGCCAACAGGAAUUAUAUAUAUAUAUUCUAUUCUAUUCUAUCCAUUUAAGAGCUGCGCUCUUGUUGGUGGAGCUCUUGCCACUCACUACGAUUUUCAGCGAGUCUCUUCACCUCUUGAUAUGACACGACACCAACUCCUUCCUUGAACUGCCUGAUGUAACUAUGUCUCGGUCUCCCUCUCCCCCUUGUUCCUUCUAUCUUACCUUCUAAUAUAAUGUUCAUAAGUUCGUCGUGUCGUAUCAAGUGUCCUAACAUUUUUUUUUUUUUUAUAUAUAGUAUUUUAUAUUAUGUUAGGAUGUAUAUUGCCUAUGUGACAGAUAUGUAUGUAUGUUUCAAAUAUAAUUCAGAUUUGUUCAGAUGAUGAUUGUUCAUGAUUGAGCAACAAACAUCCAAACAUGUUUAUAAAUUUGCACAUCUAUAAUAUUAAUAGGAUUGAAUACUGUUCAACAAUAUGUGUGUAAUAAUAGGUGAUUAAGGGAACUUAAUUCUAGAAAGAUGGCCAGCAGUGUUCCUUUUAAAACAUCUCUAAAAGCUCAACUGCGGUUGUCAACCUGCCUGCCAAGUGUGGCAACUACUGGCAGAACUCCCUUUAUGUUCAUCAGAGGUUGUUAUUUACACAAUUUUUUUGUUUGUAUUAUACAAAAGAAAAAUAAAUAUAUAAAUAUACAUA